AUGGAAGACCCUCGAAUAAGAGCCAGCUCCGGCAGCACGUUGCAAGCCAAGUCAGAGGGCGCGCAGGAUGCCGUUUCAGUCGCAGCAGUGGGGAGCAACGAGCCUCUGGUUGUCGAUGGAAAGGUAGUAUUGCGUGAAGAAGAUGCCUUCGACAAGACAGCGUAUGCGUGGAGCCCCAGGAGAAAAUGGAUCAUGCUCACUAUCGUUGCUAUAUGUCAAACAAGUAUGAACUUCAAUGCCGCAAUCUAUUCCAAUGCCGUUGAAGGCAUCAACAAAGAGUUUGGAGUCCAUAACGCUAGACAUGGUAUGGUGGCAUUUCUUGUCGCGUAUGCAUUUGGUUGCGAGCUCUGGGCACCCUGGUCGGAAGAAUUGGGACGAUAUGGAAUUAUGCAAACGUCCCUCAUUCUUGUGAAUGCAUCUAUUUUAAUUUGCGCUCGAAGCACGAGCUUUCCCAUGAUGAUUGGGGGUCGAGUGCUUGGAGGAUUGUCAUCUGCUGGUGGCUCUGUCACCCUAGGCAUGGUAGCCGAUAUGUUCUCGACAGAUGAUCAACAGCCAGCUGUGCUUUGGGCUUCUCUUUGGUCGUGCCUGGGUGCAGUCAUUGGUGGCAUUUGUGGAGGACCCCUCGAACAGUAUGCCCCGUGGAGGUGGAUUUUCUAUGCCCAGUUGGUCUUCGGUCUGAUCACGCAGGUUCUCCACGCAUCCAUUGCCCGGGAGUCUCGAUCGACCUUACUUCUCGAUAGAGACGCCAGACGGCAGCGUAAGCUAGGUGUUGAUGUAUGGGGACCUAACGAAGUUAGGACUGUUCGGGAGCGCUGGGAUCCAAGGAGGAUAUUCACAACGAUGUAUCGCCCAUACCAUAUGCUGGCGACCGAGCCCAUUGUGUUUCUACUGUCACUUCUUAGCGGCUUCGCUGAUAUGCUCAUCUUCAUGUUCUUCGAGAGCUACGGAUAUGUUUUCGAGCGAUGGGGAUUCACUCCAACCCAGAGAAGCUAUGCUCUCAUUGCACUUGCGCUCAGUUACGUCCUUUCAUACCUUUCAUUCUUCCCGGUUAUCAAACGCCACAAUGCUAGGCGAAGGAGCGGAGAGACCCUGGCGCCCGAGACAAGACUCUGGUGGCUCCUAUUUCAGUGUGUAUUGCUUCCCAUAGGACUCCUGGGAGGGGCCUUCGCUGCCGCAGGCCCGCCUUUGCAUUGGUCAGGUUUUAUUGUAUUUUCUUGCUGUAUUGGAGCAGCUAAUUUUGCGAUAUACUAUGCCACUGUCGACUACAUGGUUGCCGCAUAUGGAGAGUACUCAGCGUCGGCUACUGGUGGAAAUGGGUUUGCAAGGGACUUCCUCGCUGGUCUCUGUGCCAUCUACACAGGUCCAAUGUACCGUGCGCUCGGUGUCCGGAACUCUAUGCUUGUGCUCUUCGGCUUUGGCUUUCUCUUCUGCAUCCCCGUGUUCGUUUUCUAUCUACGGGGCCCUGCGAUCCGAAAGAGAAGCAAGUUCGCGCAGAAGAUAGCCAGGGAUAGGGAAGACAGAGACUUGAACAUGGCAGCUGCAGCUAAUGCGACCUCGUAAUGCGCCAAAUGAGACGCGGACGUAACGUCGUCAAUAACCCCCGUAGACCGGG